ACGCAACCCUCGCCAAUCGCCAUUUUCCGUCAAGCUCAAUCAAGUCAGCUUCUUUCGCUGUGUUUGUGUUGUGUGUUGAAAAAUUACCAGUACCGAUGAAUAUCAAUGGGCAAUUGUGUUGAUUUCGAAGCCAAAUUAUGGCUAGCUUAUUGUGUAUGUGGCUCUAAUGCACCCUACAAUCAGUGAUGAUGGCCGAGUGAUUGAUAAAGUGAAGUGUUUUGUGUUGUAUGCUGAUCUGCCGCAGCAACAUUGAGUUCCUUUCUCUGGAUAUAUCGUCCAGACGACAUCGGAUCAUUUAAUCACAUUAAGAGUUACACCAUGUCGUCAAAAAAUAUCCCAGGAGAUAAGAUAAAUUUGCGGUUAAUACUUGUGUCUGGUAAGACCAAGGAGUUCGUAUUCAGUCCGGUGGAUUCAGCUGGCGACAUCGCUCUACACGUCUAUGACAAUUGGCCUGAAGCUGACUGGUCUUCGGAGUGCGUCUCCCGUGCAGAGAUUCUCCGACUCAUCUACCAGGGUCGCUUCCUGCACAGCUCAGUGACGCUGGGCGCGCUAGGUUUGCCACUCGGACGUACAACGGUCAUGCAUCUAGUGCCACGCGAACAUCUGCCCGAGCCCAAUUCGCAUGAUCAACGACAAAAGAGCAAAGGCGGUUCCAGCAGUUGCUGUUCGGCGUCAUGCUGCAUAUUGUAAUGAGAGACUCAAAUGUGUUCACAUUCAGUGGUUAAUCGGUCACGGCACUUGUGAUGUUUUUAAAAGACUCGCUUAUUUUAAGAGAUUGUCUUAGAUAAUUUCCUUUAGUUCAAUAAUUCGCUAGCACUCGGAAACCAUCGAGCACAAAAUUCGAACCUUUACGCACACCUUACGAACUCUUUAAAAAUAUCGCAAGCGUACACAAGUCUAUAAAGGUAAUACCGGCGUACCCGCAGAUUCAGUGUGACAUUCAGAAGCGAGACUUAGCGCUGAGUGUCAUUCCGGUAUGUCAAAAUCCAAUACAAGUUUGACGUACGGAAGUCACGCUCAGCGCUGUCUCGUUUUUGAGUCUUACCCUUAGAGUCGACACUUAGCGUUACACUUCGGUAUUUGAAAUACGUUUUGGAUUUGACGCACGGGAGUUGGCGCUAAGUAUCGACUUUGAAUCUUACAGUGAAUAGUUUAGUAUUGCCAGUUAAUGUCAGAUUGGGUCUUAGAUAAAUUUUAGUGAUGAACGGCAAUGUAAACUAUGAUAUUGGUGAUUUUGGGUAGCGUAAGUGGCCACACCGUUAGAUCAUUGUAGAAUCGCUGCCGCGUUUAGGUAAGUGAAAAUUAAAUGUAUAAAUGGAACGAGUUUGUAUACAAAAUAGUUCCUCUAGUUCGGCUUGUAUGUUUGUUCGUAUAAAUUCUUAAGCGAUUGACUUUAAAUGACAAAUUAUAUGUAGAAUUCAGUACGUUGUAUAUAGUUUUAUUCGUUUGGGUUAAGUUAAUGCAAUAUUUGAAAUUUAUUUUUAAAAAUUUAAUAUUUACAUUCGAUAGUUGUAGCUUUAACGGAGUUUGUCGCGAUUUAGAAUAAUUCCAUUAAUAAUAUUAUAAACGCAACACGGCGACUGAUUUGUAUGAGAAAAUUAAUUUAAAAAAUAUUUUUUGCCGAAUUUCAUACAUUAUUAAUACAAAAUCACUCAAUAGAGUACCGCCAUUUUAGACAUAAACUCAUUUUAGUGUUUAAAAAUUAUAAAUAUUGUUGCUAUAACGAAUAAUUCUGAAUAUCUCAGUGUUACCAGGCUCCGAUAUUGUAAAUAUACUUUAACAUCACAGCUUAUUAUUGGCUUUUAGAUAUUUUUUUUAUUGGCUAGGUUUAGCCGUAUUUUAAGAUUCCUGAUAAAUUUCAUCUAUCCAUCAUGAUUAUAUUUUUGUGAUAGUACAAAUAAGCUAUUGACGGACAGACAGAAGGUAGAUAAUUAUGUAUCAGAAACAGUAUUAAUGGGAACUGAAGCUUUUUGACCUGAAGCGGACUGGGGAAUGUAUUUCUGGAAAAUUUUAUAUUUUUUUUAAUAUUCAUAAUUUUCAUUUAGUAUUGAUUUUUCUCUCUGUUGAUUAUACAAAAGUAUAGAGACAAUAAAAUUAACGAAAUCUUGCCAUAAUUUAUUUCAGGCAUAUAUUCCCGAGGUCGCAAUGAAUGUUUUUUUUUUAAAUUUUGGUUACUCUGUUUAGUUGCUGUAUGUAUUUUGUUAAGUUGUGUAAAAAUACCUAGUUGAUAAUUAAAAUAAAAUUACAAAUUGAUUUGCAUUUUU